AUAAUAAUUUUGUUGUGCUUCGCUACUACAACUAUUCAGCUACUGCUGUGCGCGCGUAUAGAACAAAAAAAAUAAAAAAAAAAUUACGAGUUAUUUUCGAACGUAGCCGUCGCGCGUCGCACACGCCUAUUGGCUAUUAUUGUGACGCCGAUGCAGCGGCGUCUGUGUUGCCACUCUGACUCUCUCGGACCUGCAAGGAGCUGCAGUAGCGUUUCGGUUUCAGUGGCGCGCGCGUACUACUACGACCGCGGUUCGAAUUUCGCGUGGACCGUGCGUACGACAUAGUAUAGGAAGUCGCAGGAAAACCGUGACAGCCCGCGACGUGACGAAAAUCUAAAGAUUAUCGUACAGUGUACCGACGAUAGCUACGUAAAUCAUAGAUCGUAGAAUUUCGCGGUUCGCCCACAAAACACCUACGCUGCACUACACAUAUUAUAUUAAUAAUAUUUAGGUCCGCGCCGCCAUCGCCGCUCUAACUGCUCUAAGCCCGACCGCGAUAAGCGAUCGGUGGUAUAUAUAAGGUACCUUAUAAUCUACCUACCUAUACUUACUUACAGACAGAUCGGCAGCGAUAGCGCAAUGCUAGCGUCCAAAGCCGUGGCGUGUCUGCGCACGUUUUUCGCGGUCGCCGCGUUGAUCGUCGGCCGUUGCGCCGGCAGGCCAGCGUCUGUCGGGGCCGGAGUUCCGGACCACAGCGGCAGCGUUGCAAACCAGAAGGAUUCGCUACCGUUCCAGCACACCAUCAUCGAAGUGUCCCCGGGUCAGACAGCCGUGCUCCAGUGUCCCAGCAACGACGAACAACACAGGUUUCAGUUCUGGUGGAUGAAACCUGACCAGAUCAUCGGGCCCGGCACCGCGCCCAACAGCGACAAGUUCAAAUACGAAGUGCUCACCGGCACGCUUUACAUAAAGCAAGUAACAGCUCGAGAAAGCGGGAUCUACACGUGCGUCUGUAAAAAUCUAAAAAACAUAUCGCUGUCGGCGAGGUCGGUACAACUGGAAAUAAAAAAGGAAUGGAAAGACCUCUGGGAAAACGACUACACGGUCAACAGCAUACGAGUGGCGGCUGUAUUGAGCGUGUUGGUGUUGCUGUUACUAUUGUUGUAUCUGUUUUACCUAACGGCAUACAAAAAUAGUAACAGAACGUUACACUUCAGAGAAGAUUAUUCGGACGAAGAUGUGUCGAUGGACAGGCAGAUGUACAGAAAAACCAACAUAAUGAAAGAAAACAUGUUUCAACACGGCAUAGACAACCCGACGCUGGAAAAGGAAGCGGCCCAAGUAAAAAAUAACGGAGAGACGAAGGCGUUCUCGUCCGUCAUGUUGGAGUCCCGCGUGAUGUCCAUUGCACUGUCCUCGUCCUCGUCCUCUUCGUCGUCCACCUCCAUCUCGAACAGCCGGACCUUGUGCCGGCUGUGCGACAACAACACGGCCACUUUCCGGGUGCCGCUGACCGCGAAACUCGAGGCCGCCAUGUUCUCCACCACUCGGCACGUCCCGUUUAUGUACUCGGCCAGCAUGUUGAGCUCGUGUUGCGACGUGUCCGACAACGACGGGUCGCUAGCCGAGUUAUCGUCGUUAAGCUUGAUCAUCAUGCCGUACAGCCACUUGAAGAACAACUUGUACCGAGUCAGCGACUCUUCGAUGACGAUCUGUACCUCGUUACACUUCAUCAGGAACCCGUUCACCGACCCGACAUUCCUGAUAUCUCCACCAGCUGGAACAGAAUCUGAUUGGUCACCUCCGACAGCUGAUUCACCACCAGUUUCUGAACGUUGCUGUUUUCCAUCGGGUCUCCAAGCCAAUGCAGUCACCAAUGUCUUAUCUUUUGGGGCAGCUAAGGACCAAACUCGUUGCCAAUUUUUGUCUGAAAAAAUGGCUCUUGGACAUUCAGAACCGCAGUAUGAAUUGCUAAAUGGAAAAAAGAAAUAUGUUCAGCCAAUCAUACAUUCUAUGGUAUUAAUUGGGUUAGCUGUACUCGUUGUGUUUGUAGUAGUUCUGAUGUUCUAUGUAUCCUGGAUGAAAUUUGAAGACUCUAAUGAACAAAAUACACCUAUGGAUUUUGUUCUUUUCGGUCCGCAGAAAUAUACAAAUUCAUAUAUGACUGCUUAUCGUGCUCAUACGUUUGCUAUUGCUGCAAAAUCAAACUAUAAAACAUACUGGACAGCUAAGGACAAAAUUAAUCUCAACAAACGAGUUGAAAAGACAUAUCAUUUGGCCUGUUAUUAUUCUAUACCAAUUGAUAAUACAAAUAACACUCUUCAUCCAGCUCAAAUUAACGCUACAUUAUGUACCCAUUUAAUUGUAGCAUUUGCACAAGUUCAAAAAAACAGUGUUUACUUCAAGAGCUCAUUCGAUAUGCAGAUUUUAAGACAAGUAGUGAAAUUACGUGAAAAAAACCCAAAGUUAAAAGUAUUACUAUCUAUAGUACAUUUCUCAAAUGGUUCACACUCAAAUGAAGGUUUUCCUGGUGUUGUUGCAAAUAAAGAUAACUUGGACAAAUUUGUCAAUAAUGUGGUAUCAGUUGUCAAUGAUUUUUACCUAGAUGGUAUUGAUAUAGAUUGGGAAUUUCCAUCAUGGCCUUUGUUAAAUUUACAAGAAAAAUAUGGAUUUGCUAAGUUAUUAGAAACUUUACGUUAUCGUCUACCAGACUCUCUUUUAACUGCUGCUGUUGCUGCUCCAUUAAAUAUAAUUGAUAAUUCUUAUGAAAUUUAUUCUUUAGCAAGUUUUGUUGACUUUAUAAAUGUUAUGGCUUAUGAUUAUCAUUCAUACCAAUGGUAUUUUCCAUUAACUGGACCAAAUUCACCUUUGUUUUCUUCGCGAAAUGACACUGGAUACUUCCAGGAAUUAAAUAUUAAUUCUUCUAUACAAUAUUGGAUCUCAAAAGGUAUGCCUAAAGAAAAGAUUUUGCUUGGCAUGCCUACUUAUGGACAUUCUUUUAAAUUAAUAAAUGAUGCCAAUAAUGGUUUUAAUUCGCCAACUUCUGGUCCUGGUAUUGGCAAGGAUGGUUUUAUAACAUUUUCAGAAACGUGCGAGUUUAAAUCUCAUCAAAACGCCAUGACGAUUUUUGAUCAUGAUACCCGUACUCCAUAUUCGUAUCAUAAAAAUGAUUGGAUAUCUUAUGAUAAUGAAAAUAGUUUAGCAUACAAAGCAGAAUUUGCUGCUAGUUUAGGUUUAGGAGGAGCCAUGGUAUUUUCUUUAAAUACUGAUGAUUAUAGUGGUUCAAGUCUAUGUUCAUCAUCAGUAUUUCCAUUAACUUCUAGAAUAAAAAUAGUACUUAAUGAUGACGACUUAUAAUGUAGAGAAUAUUUAAAUAAAUACUAAAUAGUGAAAAAAAUUCUAAUUUUCUAACCCAAUAGUCUCUAUAAAAUAUUAUAUAUAUAAUAGUAUAUAUUUAAAAUAAUGUUAUUUUAUUUUGAAAAUUAGGGAUGAUAAGCUCACUCAAGCCUCCCCUUCCAAAUCGUGUCCUUAGACAACAUAAUUAACUAGUAUUACAUAAUCAAAUACUAAAAUUAACUCCUAUUUGUUAAUUUUAUCAUAACGAUUCUAUGUAUACAUGUUUUUAUUAAUUUAAUAAAAACUUUAAGCAAAGAAUAACAAAAAAAAUAAUAUUUUUUGACAUUUUUAUCAUUAUAAAUUUAAUUUUGUUUUAUAUUUAUCUAUAUGAUAUUUAUUAUUACUAAUUAAAAGAGUAUAAUUGUAUUUUUGAGAAAAAAUAAAUAACUCAAUAAUCAAGGAUAAAACUUAAAAGGAGAAACAUAUAAAUAAUAGUAUAUGACAACUAUUCUUCAUAAAACUUUUACAUGUUAAAAUAAGCAAAGAUAAAAACUUAAAUGGAAUGAAUAAACCCCCAUAGUCUACCAUGUAAAUACAUGCCAUUUAUAUAAACAGAAAGGUGCAUUUUUGAAAGAGACUCUCAGUAUAUUAAAAUUUUAAACUAUUUUUUGAUAAAUGUUUUUAAUUUAAUUUUAAUUUUCCCAAAUUAUUUGAACUGUUUAAUAACAUUUAUUAUUCCACCAAUCUUUCAAAUUUAAACAUUAAGUUAAGAAUGUGGAAUGUCCGAUUUUCUAACAGUAUAAUCAUUAAGUAUUUAAGAAGAUUCCAUAGUCGCUUAUGUUGUUUGUCUUACAAAUAUAUAUCAUAAACAAUUUUACAUUCACAAUCUUAAUUUAUUAUAAUUAUAUGAGAUAAUUUCUCUGAGCAGCUAUAUCUGAAGUUUUACUGAAUUGAUUUGUGUGAUUUUUUUUUUUUCAAUGCAAGUGCUCUAUGUGUUGAUAAGUCAUUUAAUGAAAAAACUUCUUAAAACUUCCAAACAUCAAUUUUAAAUCAAAGAGUUGUUUAAAGUAUUCAUAUUUUGUGUAACUACACAGUAACAUGUGUUGCUUGCCGUAUGCACGCACACGUGAUCAUAACUCUUACUAUUUCUACUGCAUUGAUAGGUUAAUUCAAUAUGAUUUUAAAAACUACAAAUUAAAAUGAAUUUUGUGAAUGAAAAAUGUUAAUGAUGUAUGUCUGUAAGAUACUAAGAUCGAGAUCUCAUAUAUUGGUAUGGUGUCCUUUUUUUUAAACAGUUUUAGAUUAUUUUGUGAUUUAUUUAUAUAUUUUUUUCCAUUCAUUUGUGUAAUAUUGGUUAAGUUGGGUUAUUAAUUUAUCAUAUAUGAUAUAUAAUAGGCAAUUAAAUAUUAUGAAAUCUUAAAUAAUUUAUUUAUCUGAUUAAAUGAAUUAUUAUUAGUUUUAAACUAAAUUAAUAUGUUUAUUAUUGUUGAAUAAUUAAUUUAACAUACAUAUAAGUAUUAUUUUUGUUGUUAGUUAAUCGAGGUUAUUGAUUUAAGUGAAAUUAAUAAUUUGAUAAUAUUAUCUUAAUUUUUUAAAUAAAAAGAUUAAAAAAUUAUAUGAUAGAAGUAUUAAGAAUACCAAUUAAACCGUUAUCAUUAAAAUUCCAUUAAAUUGUUAUUGCCAUUUAAAAUAUUUAUAUUUUUUUAGUUUUUUACAUAUUAUAUUUUAAUAUUAUUUUAUUAAGUUGUGGUGUAAAUUAUAUGUUGCAUUUGUAAUUUGUAUUAAGUAUUAAUUAUAAUUAAAUAACGAUGAUGAUUUACAAACUGAAUUUAUUAAUACUAUUUCAAGAUCUUUGUAUUCAAUUAUAGUAUAGUAUUACAGUAUUAGAUAAAUCAUUCAGAUUUAGAUUUAAUUAUUAUUAUUGUUAUUUGUUUCAUUUAAUCAAAUUGUAUUUUUGUUAUGAAAUAAUUUUUAAAAAGUGGUCAAGUUAUUGUCAAGAGUCCAUGACUAACGAUAUGUUAAUUUAAAAUUCUAUGAUAAUUCAUUCCAUACAAUAAACGACUCCAAGCUGAGUCAGACUGUAUUAAAUA